AUUGCUGGCCAUAGUUUGGUUCAGCAGGUGGAGCUCUCAGACCAGUUGCUGAUUUCUGAAGAGACAUGAAUGAGUUUGGUAGAUCAGCAGUUACAACAAUGAGUGAGGGGACGGGUGAUGUCAACGCUUUUAGCCUCCAGUUACAGGCGCUUGAUUUAUCUAGUCACUUGAUGAUGCACAUUGACUUGCGCUACUGACCAAUUUGCACCGCCUGCAUACGCUACUAAGUACUACAAUUCGCCGUAUUCUUUGACGAGAACGUUAUACGGGCGACAUUAGGCGAAAUGAAAUCGUUUACGCGCGGACUGUAGAGACAUCUGUCUACAGAAGCGGAAUUCAUCGCUUGAAGACUCACCUGUUGCAUUCAGUCCGCCUCAGCCUAUAGCUCAAACUCUACGAGUCUUGCCUGUAAGGUAGAAAGGACAUUUGGGGGGUAUUUAUAAAUGUCUUAGUAACGCGGAAAUGAUUAAUUGGUUGAUUCAAAUCGGACUCGAUGUUCUUUGAAAGCCUUUGAACAGCCCAAGUUUGUACAACUCCAUGUCAAACGCGUGCGCAAUUGCUUGUUUAUUUUGCAAUAUGUAAAGCCAAGGGCUGAAAUCAAGUCAGACACACGAGAGGAACGUUUCUCGACACUGUCAGACAGGAUGAGGUCAUAGCCUUGGUACUGUUGUGAGGAUUUGGUUACUCUAGUUUCACAUGUGCCAUGACGGAGGAAGGAAUCCACACCACUCUUCGCCUAUCCCCAUUGUAUAACAUAUUGGAUCUUUCUAUCCGUCCAUCCGUCCAUCCAUUUAUCUAUCUCAGAUAACCAGCAGCGGAUGUGCCUCCCCUAGGCACGGUGGCAUUGGCAGCCCUGCAGAGAGAGCAGGCGAUGGACCUGAGCGUGACCCAGCACAUGGUGCGCCCUGGGCCGGACCCGGCCACGCUGGGCACCCACCAUCUCCCCCUCCACACGUACAACAUGGAGCCCCAGAGGCACCGCUUCAGGGAGUCGGACAUGCUGAUGCACAAGACCAAGAACAGCGCCGUGGCGAGUCCCCAGGUGAAGCAGAGACUACGUGACCUGAUCAUAUCCAAGAAGAAUGUACAGGCUGCUCUGGAGAGGACCUCCUCAAACCCUAGCAACACCACCACCCUUGGAUACAGGGAACUGGGCCGGGAUCCCGACAUGCCGCCGAAGCCACAGAUGGUCACGGCCUCUCUCCCUCCUCCACACGAGCGCCCUCUCAGAAGGACAGCCUCUGAGCCCAUCCUGAAAGCUAAGCCUAAGGCAAAGAAGCAUUACUCCAGACCAAACCCUUUACGACGCAAGACCAGUGCCCCACCCACUGUCAAGCAUCGGACGCCGGAGACUCUGGACUCCUCCCCCAGCAGCAGCAGCACACCAGUAUCAGGCUGCAGUUCGCCCAAUGACAGCCUGCGAUCUGAAAGCGGGGUCAUCCCACUCACAACUGGAUUGACUCUUGAGGUUCAGAGGCUCAUGCUGCAGGAUGGCAUCUGUUCCUCUGCCAUGCCCACCAUCACCGCCGGGCUGCCCGCCCAGCGCCUGCAGCCUGUCCUCAUCCUGGAGCCUAACACCGGCCUGCUGCACACACAGCUGCUCUCCGUCCCUUCCUCCUCCUACAGCCAUUCCGUCCUCCAUCUCCUCUCGCACCCCCCUUCCCCUCUCCUCACCGGCCGUGGCAUGAACCCCGCGUCCCUCCAGAGCCAUUACUCCUCCUCCUCCUCCUCUCCCUCGUUUUCCUCCUCCUCCUCCUUCUCCAGGGCGGAGGCGGGGGGGUGUCACCGCCCCCUGGGCAGGACGCGCUCGGAGCCCCUCCCUCAGUCGCACCCCCACCUGCUCCAGCACCAGCUCCUGCACAGCAAACUCCUGCUGGAGAACCUCAAGGAGAACACACAGCUGAGGAAGUCGAUGACCAAAUCCGGCGAGAAGCCCUGCCUCUACCAGAUCCCCUCGGAGGACAGGGACCCAGAGGAGUCGGGCUUGGGGUCUGGAUCCCGGGGUGAAGACGCCUACCAGAGAAGAAGAGCGUUUGUGGAGCCCCAGUCUGAGGCCUUGUCCCAGAGAGACGGCAUGGCGGAGCAGGGACAUCUGCAGCUGUCACUCACACUCAGUCAGCCAUUCCGCUGGGGGGAGCAUCAGCGCCACCUCCAGGCCCUGCACAGACAGUACACUGCCCACCCGACAGACCCCAACCACUUGGCUGUCCCCGUGCUGGUGGCCCCCUCGGUGGCAGGCCUGGCCCACAGGCCCCUCUCCAGGGCCCAGUCAUCCCCGGCCUCCACCUCCCUGCCUCCUCCUCCACCCCAGCCCUCCUCCGGUACCUCUGAAGUGGGGGCCCUGUCUCUGGCCAGGCCAGCGACACCGGAGCCCUCCGCCAAGCUAUGCUUUACCACUGGUUUGGUGUAUGACUCCCAGAUGUUGAAGCACCAGUGUGCCUGUGGCGACAACAGCCGUCACCCAGAGCAUGCUGGGAGAAUCCAGAGCAUCUGGUCCAGACUCCAGGAGCGUGGCCUGAGGAACCAGUGUGAGUGCAUUCGCAGCAGGAAAGCUACAAUGGAGGAGCUCCAGUCUGUACACUCUGAAGAAUACGUGCUUCGCUAUGGAACCAACACACUCAACAGGCUCAAGCUAGACAACCGCAAGCUUGCAGGAAUCUUAUCGAAAAGGAUAUUUGUCACGCUCCCUUGUGGAGGAGUUGGGGUGGACAGCGAUACGGUGUGGAACGAGACACACACGCCCACGGCGUCUCGGACAGCGGCGGGCAGCGUGACGGAGCUGGCGUUCAAGGUGGCACAGGGCGAGCUCAAGAAUGGCUUUGCAGUGGUGAGGCCCCCUGGACACCAUGCACUUCACUCUACCGCUUUGGGCUUCUGUUUCUUCAACUCUGUGGCCAUCGCAGCCAAACAGCUCCAGCACAGGCUCAAUGUCAGCAAAAUUCUCAUCGUGGACUGGGAUGUUCACCAUGGCAACAGUACCCAGGAAGUGUUCUACAAUGACCCCAGUGUGCUCUUCAUCUCUUUGCAUCGCUACGACGAUGGCAACUUCUUCCCUGGAAACGGAGGGCCAAAUGAGGUGGGUGCGGGGACAGGUAAAGGCUUCAACGUCAACGUGGCCUGGACAGGGGGCCUGGACCCUCCCAUGGGCGAUGCAGAGUACCUGGCAGCAUUCAGGACGGUGGUGAUGCCAAUCGCCCACGAGUUCUCUCCGGACGUGGUGUUGGUUUCUGCUGGUUUCGAUGCCGUGGAGGGACAUCCCGCGCCCCUGGGGGGCUACAAGGUGUCAGCCAAGUGUUUCGGUUUUCUGACGCGUCAGCUAAUGGGCCUGGCAGGGGGGCGGGUGGUGAUGGCGCUGGAAGGGGGCUACGACCUCACGGCCAUCUGCGACGCCUCCGAGGCCUGCGUCAGCGCCCUGCUGGGCGUCGAGACGGAGCCCAUGUCGAAUGCUCCCCUGGACCAGAGACCCUGCUCCAACGCUGUGCUCUCUCUCCAGAGGGUCAUACAGGCUCACAGUGAGUAUUGGCAGGGUCUGCAUUCACUGGCCCACACGGUCGACUGGUCCUGGCUGCAGGCCCAGCGGCUGGCUCAGAGGCGGGACUCCGACAACACCGUGUCCGCCCUCGCCUCGCUCUCCAUGGGCGCCUUCUGUGGCGACAGGACACAUUCCGAUGAGGAAGACACACUCAUGGAGGGAGACACAUUCUCGAACCUCAGACAGUACUAGGCUGCAGUGCUGGGGAUCGACCACCUGCCACUGAAUAGACACACACUCACUCACUCACGCACACACUCAGAAAGCCUCACUUGGACUGAGGGGGACUGGAAACGCCAAACAAGAACACCCACUUCCCACUUAGCCCUCCAUUGUUUUCUCCCCCUGAGAUAAGCGCAGCAGUCCGGUGAGGGAAAGCCAGACCCCUCACCUGCCUGUCGCCCAGACACGCUUAGACUCGUCCACCUGGACACACCAAUGGAGACUGAAGACUCCAUUCAUGUACCUGAUUGAAUGACAUAAUUGAACUAGAAAAACAAGACAUGAAGGAAUUUCUUGUGCCAGUUCUCGCUCCAG